AGAGUUAGUGACUUUUCCCACCUUGCGUUCUUUGUGAGAUGUCAAACAAGUGUCCGUGCUGUAAUCCGUAAUGAAACUUUUUAAUUUAAAAUAAUGGAAUGCUUUGAAAGAUGGUGGUGAAGUGGGCGAUUUUUGGAUUAUUUAGGCUGUUGUAGCACCAGACUGACGAAAUAACGGACUAAAAGGCUAAAUGACAUGGGAUUUUGUUCAAGAAGAUACUUGUUCUUAUCAGUAUGUCUCUUACAAAUGCUUUCUGUCGUCGAGAGACAAAUCUUUGAUUUCUUAGGAUUCUUAUGGGUACCGAUUUUGGUCAAUUUCUUCGAAAUUGUGUUCAUUAUCUUGGGAUUCUUUGGUGCUUAUCAAUAUCGGCCUAAGUAUAUCAUAUCAUAUAUUUUGUGGCAUCUGUUUUGGUUGGGAUGGAACAUAUUCAUCAUUUGUUUAUAUUUAGAUGUAGCCAACUUGGACCAUAAGACUAAUAAAGUGCUCAAACUGGACCCAAAGAGUGAGAGUUGGUGGAGUAAUCAGGGACCAGGAUGUAAGCGAGUUCUUAAUGACUCGGACACGGCUGCUAGUGAGGACUGUUACGUGAACUACGUGCACGUGGAGAUUUUUCAGGCAGGCUUACAAUGUGUGACAGCUUUAAUCGGAAUUGUGAUAGGGAUAUGUUUAAGCCGCAUAUUUUUAGAGGAGGACGACACCUCAUCACGUAAAUCCCUACGAAAAAACACGAAACGAAUGUCUCUCUACUCAAUAGAAUUUAGUUCUCAAUUGGAAAAUCGGCAUGGUGAUAGUGAUAACGAUUACGAUAACGAACAUUUGCCUCAGCCCGUUUCGCCUAAGCCGAUGACACCAAGGAGGGUGAAGCGGCGCAGCGUAAUGACUAGAGGUUCCUCAGGUAGACACAGCACCAGUAGUAGAAGACAUUCAGCAGCACGUUCGUCGACGAGAAGUUCCCGUAGGAUGGCGCAAAAUCCAGUAACCCGCUUGUUGGAGCAGCAGCAAAAAACCCACGCUUACGAUAGUCCAGCUAGUCCUUCCCCUAUAGAAUCUUUACCAAAUUAUUAUAAUAGCGUAUCUAAUAACAACCUCAUGGCACAUCAGAACUGGCAGAGCAACGGCCACUCUAACCCUACGUACCAGCAGUCUUCCACGCAAUCGUUAAACGAUCCAGAAGAUUUUGACGAUCUGUAUAAUAAUCGGCCAGCGUCUGUGCGCUCAAGCUAUUCCAAUUUCCAUGGCACGAGGGCCAUCAAUUACACGGCCCCCAAGCACUAUCACAGUCAUGCGACGCCCCAAGUGCCCCAGAAGCGCAACAAUCCGAAUAGGAAUAGCAUGCGAUCAAUGGCCUUUCUUAACAAUGGCCCUCCUGCUUACACGUCACAGGGCCAAGCUUCCAUCGACUCGGAAACCACAAUAUAGGUUAGGUUAUUUAUUUUUGAGACCCCUUGUGAUAUAGUUAAGGUAGUUUUAAUCUUAGAACGUCUGUCAACAUUCAACAAAUCGAAGACUGCCAUUAGAACUGCGUGAUACAGUGUGUACAAGCUAGAAGAGACGGACAUUAGGUUUAUUAAUAGUGUUACGAUUAUUACACAAACCCACUCUAGACGGAAUUUUUCACAAAUAUAUUUUUUUAAUGUUUUAUAACCUCACUUAGUUUUACGUCAUACGACUAUGCUUAGCAAUUGUGUAAUAGCCGUACCAUAAAUGGGUAACUUUAUUAGCCGAAAUUGUAUGUAUUUUUGUCACUCUUGUUUCAAUUACGUGAGUACCUGUUUUUACUUUAGCGAAUUAAUGCCGACUUAAACGAGUUCGUGUAAUCAAAAGCUAAUUUUAGUUGUAAAUUGCACCGAGUUUGGACACACUAUAUCCUCUAAGAUUUUAUUUUUAUGCAGACUAUAACUAUGUACAGAUCUGACUUAUUGUUUUCAACUUGUUUUAUUUAUCUUCAACAUGAUAGUACAGCUAGGAGGGAAUAUACUUUGAACAACAAAGACUUGUAUAACGUAUGAUAAACAAUCACUCAGACUCGGAAUGUUUCAGUUUUGUAGAUAAAUGCCAAUUAGUUGUCUCUUGCCAUAUACAAAUACAAAUUUGAUCAUACGUUAUAGAAUUGGGACUAAUUCUGUUUGUGUUUAUUUUUGAAACUGGGAUUGAACACUGCAAAAUAAUUGUAAUAUGGGUUGAAAAAUACGUGUAAAAAUUGCCGAAAUUUCCACAAUGUGUACACCGUGAGGCAAUAAUUUGUGUAAUAUUUUGUGUUCAUAUGUAAUCAUACUGUACAUAUGCUUUGUAGUUAAGUAUAUUGUAGCGAUAUUUUUUACCAAAGUAUUACGUAGAAACGUAUUUUUAUCACUAUACAACCUUUAGUAAGU